AUGACUACCGAGCCAAAGAAGCCGACGCGAUUGGCGCUGUCGCUGGCCGAGAAGAAGCGGAUCUGCGAGAUCUACCAGCUCCAGGACAAGUGGACGCACCAGCAGAUCGCCAAUGAGUACAACCGGACGCUCGAGGACCCGGACGCCCGGCGCGUCGCCCGGCUCAAUGUGACCAAGACGCUCAAGGACAAGGACAAGUGGCUCGCCAUGGACCCAUCGCUGCUCAGCCGGAAGCGCGUGCGUGGCGGCAAGUUCGAAGCGCUCGAGCAUGGUCUUAGCCUACUGCUGCAGCAAGUGCGCGCCCAAGGCGGCCGGCUCUCGGACGCGAUCUUGACCACGCACGCCGAGCGCCUCCGCGAAGAGUACAACAUCAAGGAAGAGGACUUCAAGAUCUCGAACGGAUGGGUUCAGAAUUUCAAGCGGCGCCACAACAUUCGCAUGACCGCCAGCAGCGAGUCGCCGUCGCUGCCGACGCCAACGCCGGCGAAAGCGCUGCCUCGCCCGUCGGACCUCGACACAGAAGACUGGGCGGAGCACAUCCAGAGGCUCAUUUUGGACAACACCAACAAGCCCGACGACAUCUUCCACUUUGACGAAGUCCAGCUCUGCUUUGGCAAAUCGUCGGCUGCGAAAUCGCGUGGCCAUCACCUCGUGGUCGGCCUCAUGACCAACAUGACGGGCAAUGAGAACACCGCGAUGGCCUGUAUUCGCAAGAGCACCGAGGCCGCGCAGUUCAGCGACAUGAUGAACGCGUCCGAGUACGUGCACGUCGACGUUCUCCCGCGUGCAAGCAUGGGCAAGGAGCUCUUCUCCAAGUACAUGCUGCAUUUUAACGCCAAGAUGGCGCAGUUGGCGCGCCACGCGAUCUGCUUUGUCGACCAGACGCCAAGCCACUGCUUGAACGGCCGGCCGACCGCCGCGGCGCAGCUCCACGCGACGCGGAUCCAGCUGUCGCACACGACCGUCUUCUUCGUGCCACGCAAGUGCCCGUCGCCCAUCAACAUGGGGGUCGGCCGGCUCUUCCAGCUCCAGUACAAGCUCGCGCAUCUGAAAUGGCAGCUCUCGUCCGUCAUGGAGGCGCACGACGCAGACGGGAUGCUCUCCGAGAGCCUCGUGCACCCGACGAUCGCGCCGGAGCAAGUCCUCCUCUGGUGCGUCCAGCUCUGGAAGGACUUCCCCGCGCACGUCAUCAAGAGCCAUUGGCGCAAAGCCGGGUGGGUGCCCGACAUAUGGAUCGAGGAGGGCCCCGACGUCGACGCGGUCCUCUCUGAGAACACGCGGCAGCAGAUCCAGAGCGAGUGGCGCGCGCUGCAUGUUAUGAUCUACGGGAAAGAGCCGCCGGAAGCCGCGCAACUGCAGGACGAACCACUCGCGACGCCCGACGACGAUGACGAGCAUCCGCCGAUGCAGACCACGGUUCUCACGGACGAAGUCAUGCCCGCGAUCACCAACAGCAGCGUCGCGCAGUCGGCCGUGACGCAGCUCUCGCUCUUCCUCCAGGCCCAGCCCGAGAUGUUUACUGUCGAAGACCUCAACGUGCUGCAGAGCAUCUCCAACCGCUUGGUCAAAGACGACGCUGCGCUGUCGUUCCGCAUGUAA